AUGGGCGGCUUCCCGCUGCCCGGCGGCGAAGGAGAGGGCAAGGCGGAAGGCCAGGGCAGCGGCGAGGAUGAAACGGAGGAGGAGGAGGAGGAGGAGGACGAUGGGGACAGCAGCGGCAAGGAGGGUGGGCGGCCCAAGCGGAAACGUGCAGCCCGCGCGUCGGCCAAGAAGAAGGCCGCCACCGGCGAUGGCGUGGUGAAGAGCAACAGCAAUGCGGCGCUGGCGAUGUUGGCGGGCGCGGCGGCCACCAAACCGCCCAACCCUGCGGCCGCGGCGGCGGCUGCCGCCGCCUUGCAGCAAAACCUGGGGGAGCUUUGGGGCACACUCAAUGGCGCUGGCGCCGGCGGCAUGCCCUCCACCUCUGGCAUGGACAUGUCCAAGCUGACCAGCGAGCAGCAGCAGAUGCUGGCCAAUGCCUCGUUUGAGGGCAUCACCGACGAGCGAGAGAUGAAGCGCAUGCGGCGCAAGCAGAGCAACCGCGAGUCGGCGCGGCGGUCCCGCCUGCGCAAGCAGGCCGAGUGCGAGCAGCUGUCGCGGCAGGUCAAGGACCUGGCCUCAGAGAACUCCCGCCUCAAGGAGGAGAAGAUGCAGCUGCUGGCGCAGAUCGAGAUCCUGAACGCCAAGCUCUCCAUGAGCGCCUUCCCCGGGCUGCACGCGAUGGGAGGGGGCGACAUGACCAAGCAGACAGCCGAGAUUCAGGCAAUGGCGGUGGCCAUGGCGCAGACCAUGCAAGGCAACGGCGGCGUGAUGAUGGGCACCGGCCUGGGCAUCCCCACGCUGGACGCAAAGGCGAUGGAGGGCGGCGACGAGGUGGCAGCAGUGCCCGCAGCCAUGGAGGGCGCCGGCGAGCAGCAGGAGCAGCCGGAGCAGGUGUCGCAGUGA